AUGGUGUUGGGUAUCUCCCCACUUCACUUUGCCGCCAUGAACGGCCAUCUAACGACUUGCGAAGCUCUCCUGCUGGCCGGAAUCAGCCGUGAUGCACGUACCAAAGUGGACAGGACGCCGCUGCAUUUGGCAGCUCAGGAGGGGCAUGCCGACAUUGUUGAGCUUUUGCUCCGCCAUGGAGCAGAUCUUGAGGCCAGGGACAUGCUCCGUAUGUCGGCAUUGCAUUGGGCAGCAGAACGCGGUCAUGCGCCUGUCGUCCAGGUGCUUAUUCGCCUUGGUGCGGACCCGCAUGCCCAGAACAAAUUUGAAAUGACACCAGUCGAAAUAGCUACCUCAAAGGGUCACACUGAUGCCGUAUACACAAUGCUAAAUACGCAGUUGGACUUGGUAUCAGCUAGCACCUCGGUUGGCAGAAUGGCAGCUCCACUUGGCUGUGACCUGUCUGAUAUGGGUGCUGUCUACAUCCUAACCGAUGAAGAAACACUCGUCCCAGCUGCACCCCCAGCCGAUGAAGUUAUUGUUACCGCAACCACUGUCGAUGAUGCGAUUGUGACGAUCGUUAGCAAUGAAGGAGGCGAACAAGGGCGUGCGGCUGCGAAGAAUCAAAUGGAUGAAGAGAGGAAGCAGCUGAGCGAGGAGGUGGGAGAGGCUGCGGCCGUGAUCAUGAAUACCAGUGGACACAGCCGAACUGACGAUAUGGUAAUCGGACUUGAGGCAGAAUUGUCAACAACAUCACCUAAUUCUAUCGUGACUAGGCACUCACGUUCUCGAGGCAUUGGCAAGGCUGACAGAAUGAUUCCACUUAUUGGAACCGGGUCUGGACGACAGGAUAUUGGUGCAUGUGAUCCUGAUUGCCUGACAAAUGGAAGGACAUCAAAUCAGGACGAUGCGCACCUGAAUCAAACCAUUUGUUCUGAGGCACAGGUAGAAACGGAUCACUCUAAUGACUCGGUUUCCUGCGAAAAUGGUGAAUUUAAUGGUCUCUAA